AUGAGGAUUGGAAAUCGGGCCUUUCCGAGGGACUUUCGGAUAGGCUUUUUUGAAAGCGGCUUUGAAUGCCGGGCAGCCCUUGUAAUUGGAGGUGUGGUCCUUGGAGCACAAGGCGCAUUUGGCAGGACUGCUGCGGUCUUUGGUGCAGUCCUCCGUCUUAGACAAGGAGAUGCGUUAUCCCCCACGUUAUUUAACAUAGCCUUAGAAUCGGUAGUGAGAGAAGUACUUGAUGAUGUCACGGGCCUAAGAAUUGGAGGAGGACACCAAAUCACACUAGCUGCGUAUGCUGAUGACAUAAUAAUUAUGGGAGAAACCGAAGAGGACCUAAAACGAUCGGCAGAAAAACUAAUAAAUGUUAACCAACAAGCAAACAGCCAUAAUGAGAUUAAAAGGAGAAUAACUGCAGGAAAUAAGAGCUAUUUUGUGCUCGUACCUAUAUUUAAAUCAAGAUUAAUCUCCAAAAAUACAAAAAUAAGACUAUACAAAGUACUCAUUAGACCUAUAGAUUGUAUGCUUGUGGAGCAUGGGCAUCAACAAAGUCGGACGAGAAAAGAUUACUACUAUUUGAAAGGAAAAUACUGCGGAGAAUCUAUGGACCCAAAAGAAACGAGGACAAUUUAUAUGAACGAAGAACUAAUGCAGAAUUAA